AUGUCGCAUAUUAAACUAUAUAAUUUUGUAUUAAUAUUUUUGUGCGUUACGUUGAACAAUUUUUCAGUUUUAUCAGAAUUAUUAAAAUUAGAAAAUGAUGUCAGCAUUGCAAUACGUCAUAGUAUGUUGACCGAUGAUCAUUUGUCAUAUAGUAUUCAACUCCACGGUGUGGAUUUAAUUCUGUAUGGAUAUUUUCUUCCAUCUAUAGUUACAGACACAAAAACAGAUAUGUACAUGAAUGUAUUUUAUAUUUAUAUGAACUGUUCAUUUGCUGAAUGGCUUCAGAAUAAACUAUUUAAAUUUAUCGAAAAAUUUCCAAUAUUUUAUCAAUUGAAAUUUCAAAACAAUUAUAAUAAUGAAUUUAAUAAACGUUUUGUAAGACCGGAUCUAAUUAAUAAAUUAAGUGAUAUCGACUCAUUUCUUCUACGCUUCAUAAGUAUUUUACUGCACAAUUUUUUAUAUCUCGCCGAUUCGAGAGAUUAUGAUACGUCGUUAUUAAAAACAAUGUUAUUACUACAAUUUAAAAUUCACUUUUUGACGCUCCCUUCAGGUACCAGUCAACCACCAUCAGAUGAUGUAGUUGUUCGUUCAAUUCUUGAAAUAAUGAACUUAAUUCAAAUGUUCAUGGCCACGAAUUGUGAUGUUCACACUUAUAAUAAAAAACAUUUUAAGGCUGAUGAAUAUUUUAUUAAAUCAUCACAUUUCUUCGAUUUCUGGAUAACUACAUCAGCUGACACAAAUGAAUUCAUUGAAAAGAUUUUCGAACUUAUAGAUGAAAUGGGUUUAGAAGAUAGUAACAAAUAUUGUACUACAGAUCAAAUGUUGUUGGUAAAUAUUGUGGCAGAGAACCCGGAUAAUCCUGUUUUAUGGGAGAUUUCUCACGCAGAAGUUAUUUCAAAUUCUAAAACAAUCAAGAUUUACCAAAUACUACAAAAAAUUGAAAAGCGUGAGUGUGACCUUCAACUAAUAUUUUGGUAUCAGGAAUCAAUUUUUGAUGCAAUUAAAAAAUUAAUAUACAGUAAGAUAAUAACAGCUUUGCAACAAGGAACUUCUAAGCCGGAAGUGAUUAUUAAGUCAAUACCAAAAUUCAUAGAAUUGCCAACAGAUGUCACUGAUUAUUUAACGAGCGAAAUAAUUGAUACCUAUGAAAAGAAUAAACCAAUUAAUACUGAUGAUAUUAAAGCAAAAUUGAUUAAAAAGAUAACUUAUCUUCGUGACUCAAUUACCAAUAUAAUUUUAGAAACUGAUAAUGCAACUGAAAAUCGAUACGUUUCUAAAUUAGAUGAAUUUACAACAUAUAUAGAUUUAAACAGUGAAAAGUUUUACUGUUAUAUUUCGGUGUGUAAAUUCCUACGCAACGAAUUUUCUAAAUAUUACAUACCAUUCAUAACAGAUCCGUCAAAAGUCGAGCACAUUGUGUACAAUGAUGGGGCAAUCGAUGAAAUCGUUAGAUCCAAUGUGGAUGAUAAACUAACGGAAAGUAGCAGUUGUCAAUAUGUUAGAGAUUUGUACAGUCUCUGUCUUGAAGCUACCACAUUUUUAAAAAUGACUCUUGGUAAAGAAGAUUCUGUGGCGCAUGAAUACGCCGAGCAAGUUAAUACAAUUUUGUCAACGAUUAGAGAAUGGUCCAUUGAGGUGAUCGAACGGUGUAUUUACAAAGGCUGCAGGGACCUUUUAAAAGUGUCAUACCAUAUUUACGUUCUCUUGAAUCCAAAGCAUAGUGAUCAUUUUAAAUACAACCAAAUGCCGAUCUUCAUGUCAAUGAUUAUGUCUAUUUUAAAUACCUAUUGUAUUGAUCACUGUUAUCCACCAAAAUUCAAUUUCUUGUUAUUCAACAGUACAUAUCUUGAGGCUAUAGGCAAUCAUGGUGUACUUAAUAAACAUUUUAAUUCAUUUGUGUAUAGCCUUAAGGUCUACCGAAAAGUAAAAAUAGUUGAAAACUACUCAACUUUUUUAAAUAUUGACAAUUUUUUUAGAACCUAUCUUGAAAAAACAAAUUUGUUCACUAAAAACAAUUACAAGAUCAGUAUUUUUUACAAAGGUGAAAGGAAGUAUAUUAAUGAAAUUUACAAUAACAUAAGUUCAAUUAUUUUGGACCCUUCGCAUGUGUUCAAAUUGUAUGAUAUAUAUUUCAAAUUUAUUCUUUGUUCAGUAUUUUACAAAGUGUGGGUUUUCGCUAAUCACUCAGUCAUUGCAAAGCAUCCCAGAUCGAGUGUAUUACGGUUUGAUUAUUGUGAUGACUUUCACGAUAAAUAUAAGAUGUUACUUAAAAUUGAAAAUUUUCCCUCAAAUUUAUCGAUACUUGUAUCUAAUGUUCAUCGAUUUUCUACGAUGGUGUAUGAUCUAUGUAAGCAGAGAGAAGAGUUAACCAAAAACUACCAAAAAAAAAAUAAAUCCGAGGAAAAAAUACCACAUUUUAAAGAUUCUUUCAAAGAAGGCUAUUCAAAUGAUCUGUAUUUAAAAAUAGGCAAAUUUAAAGAAAAUACAGAAAAGCAAUUUGAAAAAUUUGGUAUGUUCAUAACAAAAAUAAUGCAAGAAAUCCCGGAAACGCCGUUAACCUUUAUGGAGAGACUUCAACAGAUUAUUCUUAAAAAAUUCAAAAAAACAGAUUUGAUAGAAAAAGUUUUUGGAGAUAUGACUGAGAAUACCUGCGAAUUAGUCAAGGCUGCUAACAAUAUGCUCACAAGACUCAUAAUCAAUAUUUAA